AUGUUUACUAUAUUUGCAAUUCUAUUUUAUGGAGCUUUGAGCAUACAGUUUACAUUCCCAUUAAGGUCAAAAGAGUUGAAGUGCUUUGGAGAAAUCAUUGGGUAAAAUAGUCUGGUUGUUGGCUCAGUUCAGGCAAAUUCAAGUGAAUAUUCAUUAAAAAUACAUAUCCCAUAAAAAAAGGCUGAUAGCAUUUUACAGUACUCUCAUAGUUUAGAACUGAAUAAGUUUUCAUUUACAACUAAUAACACUUAAGAAAAUUAUUAGUUUUGUGUACACAACUUAGCAAAUGCUGGAAUCAAUUUCAACUUCAGUUUAGCUACAGGAAUGGAUGCUUAAGACUUUUCUUUAGUGGCUUAAAAGGAGGACUUGAAACCUAUUGAAAUACAUCUUAAGAAGUUGAAUGGAUUAAUAAAUUCAGUCGAACAUGAAUAAAAAGAAAUAGAAGAAAGAUAAGCUACAAGAUUUUCAAAUGUUAGCAAAAUUUCAUACAAAAUCAUUAUUUUUAGUAUAGUCACUUUGAUUUUGAUGUCAUUAACAAAUUUUGUUUAAGCUCGUUAAUUGAAGAAUUUUUUUAAGUAAAAGAAACUUAUUUGA